AUGCACCUCGUCCGGGUUGCGACCUGUGCUCUCAACCAAUGGGCACUGGACUUUGAGAACAAUUUGCGCCGCAUCAAACAGAGCAUCCACGAGGCCAAAGCCGCCGGCGCAACCCUGCGCGUCGGUCCCGAGCUCGAGAUUACGGGCUACGGCUGCCUGGAUCAUUUUCUCGAGAAUGAAGUGUACGAGAAUGCGUGGGACUCGCUCGAGUCCAUCCUGACCGACGAGUCCCUGCACGGCAUCGUGAUCGACGUCGGCCUGCCCCUCCUCCACCGCAAUUGCCGGUACAAUGCGCGCGCCAUUGUCCUCGACGGCAAGAUUCUCUGCUUCCGUCCAAAGCUGUUCAUGGCCAACGAUGGCAAUUUCCGCGAGAUGCGCUUCUUCACGCCAUGGAAGGCCCCGCGACACGUUGAGCAGUACUUUCUCCCGCCCAGGAUCCAAAAGCUCCAGGGCUGCCGCCAGGUCCCGAUUGGCGAUGUGGUCCUCUCAACUAUUGACACUUGCCUGGCUGCCGAGACUUGCGAGGAGCUCUUUACGCCCAACAGCCCGCAUAUUGAAAUGGGCCUCAAUGGCGUUGAGAUUUUCACCAACAGUAGUGGCAGCCACCAUUCUCUGCGGAAACUAGACGAGCGCAUUGCACUUAUUUCGGAGGCUACUCGCAAAAACGGAGGUGUUUAUCUUUAUUCGAACCAAAUCGGCUGCGACGGGGAUAGACUAUACUAUGAUGGCUGCGCCAUGAUUUUUGUCAAUGGCGAGCUCGUUGGCCAAUCUUCCCAAUUCUCUUUGAACGAAGUCGAAGUUAUCGUGGCCACAGUAGACCUGGAGGAAGUCAGAGCUGCGCGAUUUGCUCCUUCGCGCGGGCAACAAGCGGUGCAAUCCCAUGAAUACCAACGUAUCGAGGUUGACUUUUCGUUGACAGAGGGCGAAGGCAACCUCCUCGACACCCCAACCCCUGCCCGCCCACCACGCUAUCAUCUUCCCGAGGAGGAAAUCGCCCUUGGCCCGGCCUGCUGGCUAUGGGACUACCUUCGCAGAUCCGGAGCGUCAGGUUUCCAACUUGCACUCAGCGGUGGCAUCGACAGCUGCGCGACGGCGACGAUUGUCUACUCCAUGUGUCGAUUGGCGAUUGCCGCCGCAAAAGAGGGCAACAAGCAGGUGAUUGCUGAUAUGAAGCGCAUUGCCAAGUACACAACGGAGUUUCCAGAGACCCCGGAAGCGCUCUGCAACCAGCUUCUGCACACUGUGUACCUGGGCAUGGAAAACCAGAGCAGCAAAGAAACUCGCCAAAGAGCCAAAGACUUGGCUGCGCGCACUGGAGCAUACCACCUGGAUACAAACAUCGAUGGCAUGUUUCAUGCUGCCAAGGAUGUCCUGACCCAGGCGACUGAGUUUACGCCGAAGUUUAAAGUCCACGGAGGUUCAAACACACAGAACCUGGCCCUGCAGAACAUCCAGGCAAGAUCACGCAUGGUACUGACCUACCUCUUUGCGCAACAACUCUGUGAGGUCAGAGAGCGACCCGGUGGCGGUGGCUUGCUGGUCCUUGGUAGCUCCAAUGUUGACGAAUGCCUGCGUGGAUAUCUCACAAAAUACGAUUGCUCCUCUGCCGAUCUCAACCCUAUCGGAUCCAUUAGCAAAGUCGACCUUGUGAGAUUCAUUACCUGGGCAGUCAAAAAUUUUGACAUGCCUGUUCUCGAGGACUUCAUCACUGCGAUUCCUACCGCUGAGCUCGAGCCAAUUACUGCCGACUAUGUUCAAUCCGACGAAGCUGAUAUGGGCUUCACCUAUAAAGAGCUGUCUAGAUUUGGUCUGCUGCGAAAAGUCCACAAGCUCGGUCCGUACGGUUGCUUCCUGCGCUUACUUGGCGAAUGGAAAGACGAGAAGACGCCACGCGAAGUGGCCGACAAGACGAAGAGAUUUUUCCACUUCUAUGCCAUCAAUAGACAUAAGCAGACCGUGGCGACGCCCGCGUACCACUCCGAGUCAUACAGCCCCGAUGAUCACCGGUUCGAUCUCCGUCCUUUUGUGUACCCACCGUCUUUCGAGAGCUGGUCAUACAAGAAGAUUGAUGCGCGAGUGGAAGCGUUGGAAGCAAGGGCUAAGCAGACAUAG